AUGACCGCAGAGGGAGAUCAGCAGCACGUGGAUGGGGAUAAAAUGAUGAGGCACCUUAACGAGUUAAAAAGAAGCUACCACAUUAUGACAAAGGAAUAUGAAAGCAUGACUAACAUCAGUGUGCAACACAAUGUAGCAAACAUCAGGAUAAUAAAAAAUUUGUUUAUUUUAAAUACCCUCAUCCAUCAAGUCAAUAAAAAGCAUUUAAUGAAUGCCUUUGAAAAUGUAGAUAAUACAUUAAUUUUCAUUUUAAAAAAAAAUAACACCAAUUUUGUCUUAAAAUUGGUAGCCAUAUUUUACCUAAAUUUGUGCACCUACACAAACUAUAAUAUUAGGGAACUGUAUGGCAGGUUAUUUGAAAUGACCCUGAACAAAUCGGUGGUUAAUCCCCCAAGUGAAUUAAAAAGGUUGCAUGAGCACUUUUUAAAAAAUACACUUCUUUUCACAUCCCUAAUUUUGGAACAUGUACAUGCUCGUAUAGCCCCACACAUUUCUUCCCUGAUUGAGUACUCAAGAAAAAUAAAAAACUCGGAUACCCCAGAAUCCAAGUACUUCUACCUCGAGUGCGUAAAUAAAUUAAUAAGAACAGGGGAAUUGACCCCCCCCGACAGUGAAAAGAUCUACAAAUUUUUGAAAAGACAAUUUAAUGAAAAGGAUGAAUUAAUUAAAUACAGAAUUAUUAAGUGCCUGACGUCCAUAUUUAUUGUACACCCUGAGUACUCCCUCCUGGACUUUGAUUUUUUUGUAAAUUGCCUUAUUGACGAUAGUUACCUCAGUACGUAUGUCGGUCUGGUGAACCUCAGGCACAUCAUAAAACUUCUCACAGUCAUGCUUUGCAAUUGCGCCAAUGUGAGGUAUAACCGAAGCAUCGACCACAAUGCAGGUAAAAGUAACUCCGGAGAUGGCGCAGAUGGGAUGGAGUCAUUUGGGAGUGUCACUGCUGCGGAGAGGGAAGAUUACGAGGAAGAAGAAGUUGACGAAGAAGAAGAACAUAGGGAAAAGGAAAAAGUAUAUGAGGUAAACAAUGAAGAUAAAGUAAGUUACGCUCAUGACAAAGCAAAAGGGAGGAACAGCAAAAGCAGCAAAACGACAACCGAUGAAGACAAGAAAAAAAAAGGUUUUUUCUCCGACUUUCUAAAAAUCGCAACAGACGAAAUAGUGUCUAAAAUUAGCAAAAUAAAGUUAGAUGAAAAAGAAGGAGGCAAAAAUUACAUUAAGGUAGAUCAUUUUGAUGGAUUUUUAUUUCUCAUUGAUAACCACUUUAAUAAAAGAAUUUUGAGAAAUAAAAAGAGCGUGUUAUAUGUGUACGACUGCGCUUCCUUUAUGGUUUUCUUUAAGAGGACCGUGUUGAACAUGUUUAGUGAUUUUCAUCACGAUUACACGCAAUUGAAGAAGCUCCACUUUUUGAGGAAGUUGGAGAAAUACACUUACUACGCAGAUGUGCUACACCAUUUUGGAACGAAUGUGUACACCCCUGGGGGAGGUGGAGGCAAAGUGUACGAAUUUUUUAGAAGGCAGAAGAAGGGGUCCAGAAUGAGAGCGGCGUCGUCGGUGUCUGCAUAUGCAUCUGCGUCUGUGGCUUCUGGAGGAGAAGCAAGCGACAGCGAUUCGUGUAUCAAUUACCUCUUCGAGCAUGACUACAAAUUGAUGAAAAAAAAGGAACGACGGCGUUACGAUGAUUCACACAUAUCAAUUGAGGAAAAAAAGAUCUUGAAAACUUAUUGCUCCCUGAUAAGUAGUACCCUGUUAAGAACCAUUUUCUUCCAGUCCUUUAAAAACUUACUCUCAUUUUCGAAGAAAUUUUCUGGAAAGUCAAUUAUAAAAAUUAUCAAGCUGUUUCUGCACCUGUUGGAUGUGACAUGCACGAAUUGCGCCAAAAAGAAAAAUGUAAAGAACCCGCUCCACACGAACAAUAUAGCAAAUAGUUUUGAAAUAAAUUUCCUCCUCUUCUACUUCACCGACAUUGUACAAGAGUUGGUCAGGAAGAGGAAAACAGACACCUAUACCAUUGUUAAGGAGAAGGAAUACAAGGCGAGGGAGAGGGAAAAAUGCAAAAUGGACGACACUAACGAAUACGAUGAUCGCGAAGAAAGGAAGCGCGCUGUGCAUGAGGAGGAAAGGGGAAAAAGGGAGAGCAGAUCUUUAUUUUGUGACAAAAUGGACGACAACGGUAGGAGAGGUUCGGAAGGGAAUACCAACCAGAGUGGUGAAGAGGGAAGUAAAGGCCUUGCACAGAUUGGCCAUACAAACUCGAGUGAAGCUGCACCAGGGAGUGACACGCACGGAGGGAAAGAUGACUCAAGUUGGUACAAUCCAAGGAGUAGCACCUCCAGUCAAAACGGGAUGGACUCAGCAAAUGGUAGUAAAGCGAAAAAUGAGUUCACAGACAUGAAGCGAAAAAAUAAAAGGACACAAGAAAAAAAGACUGAAGAAGAUAACAAAGUGAGGACUUAUAUACAAAAUCAAGUAAAGAAUUAUUUAAUAAAAAAUAAUGAUACCAAUAUGGAUGUGAAUGAAAAAAAAAAAUAUAACAUUCUCCUCAAAGGGUUGAUAAUUUUGUACAAUAAAGCCAUACUAAAUAAUAGUAGCAUAAAAAAGGACAAGUAUGAUAAGUAUGAGAGCUUUCUGAAAAUGAUCCUAAAUAACAUGAACGGUGUUCACAUUGAUAUAGAUCUACUUAGACAUAUCAUACAUUUAUUUGUGAAGGUAUUUUUAAAAUUCCCCCAGUACACAUAUAAUUUAAUAACCCUACUGGUGAACUACAUUACGAUCAUUAACGCCAAUUUUAUGACCUCCUUAACGCUAAACACCUUUGACGAUAUAGAAAAACAAGUGAGCAUAUUAAUUAUCAGCUCCAUUUCGUUAGAGAAAAUUUUGUACUCCUCCUCCAGGUUUUACAGAUUGUACCAUUUGAACAAUUUAAUUCUAUGCGUUUUUGAUAUAUGCAAGUUAUUUUUGUCCAAGGUGCAGACACACCCUUUGAAGACCAUCAAUGAGCUGAGGAAAAUAAUUUCGUUCUCGCUUAUUCAUGCCAUCACGUCGGUGGUUGUGUAUGAGGAGGUGCGGAACAGGCGCAGCGUCAAGAGUGGUGAGCAGAGUGGACGCGAUGGUCGCCUGGGAAGAAGCGACCAUGGCGUAGAGGAGCAUGCGGGGGAACGCAUCUCCGAAAAGGAACCCUUCGAAAUCACGACCCUCGAAAGAAUGCAGAAGCAUUUCGCGAAACAAGAGCCACUCUACGACAAUGUCCUCUUUAAACUUCUGAUGGAUAUUCUACGCGAAAUGCUCAACGAAAUUGAAGAGGAAAAAAUGCAGCGCUUUAUCAGUUCCUAUGAAGAACAAAUUAAAAAAAAAAAAAUGAACUCAACAAAUUUUUUUAUCGUGGAUAAUUUAUUCAUCCUAGUGUACAUGUUAAAAAGUGUAAACACUAUUCUAGCAUCAGAUAUUCUGACCUUUUUCUUUUUUGAUCAUAUUUACAAAAUUGUGCAGACCCUGUUCGAGUUCUUGUGCCAAAUAUAUCAAGCAAAGAAAGACCAUUACCAUAAGGGCUGCGAGAAUUACGAAGCACAGGUCACCACGAUAACCCCCGCGAUAAAAGGCAAAGACAAAACCAUCAACACUGGAAGUUAUCCCAAAACAGAGGGAAAAAAAUCCUUCCACUUCUUCGAAUAUGGAUUUACUCAAAUGUGCCGAUUGAUAAACAUUGAAAAUGUGUUUUUGAUUUUCCUGAUUUAUAUGCUGAAGAAUUAUUGCCGCGUCUUCAAAUUUGUGCAGCAGAAACUGGGAAAGGGAGAGAAAAGUGGAGGAUGUUCAGAGCACGCUUCGCUUGGAAAAAACGGAACGAAGAUGUAUGUCGAAUCUGUCGAGGAGCGAUCCCCUUGUGAAGGAAACAGCAACAGUGCCACUACAAUAGGUGUGACGGGGGAGGUUACUACCACCACUGCUAAUUCCACCAUUGUGACUGUCCCCCCGAAGCAACCAUUUGCCCCCAUAUGGGAUUCGCUGAUCCAAGCCAAGUCCCGAGAGGGAGCGCCCUUUAACGUCUUCCUGGAGUUGCUGAUCUACUUGGUGAAAAAUAAAGACAAGGACAAUUUUAACAACGCAGUUAUUAACAUCCUGCAGAGAAGAGAUGCAAUCCGCAGGGACAAGAGACAAAAAAGGAAGGAAACAACUACCGAUGUUGAAAAAAGGAAAAGGGAACUGUUUGGGGAAGACCCAGAAUUGGACAUCUUAAACAUAGUAACGAAUAACUACGAAGCCUAUUACGAAUUAGUGUUAAUCCAUUUCGUACAACUGUUCGAACAGUAUAUAGAAAAAAAAAAAUAUUUCAACGUCAUCAUAAAAAAUAUUUACAGGUGUAUCCUAAAUGUGGACUUAAAUAAAAACGAGCUAAUAAUUUAUUUGCUAAUUUUGGAUAACUUUUUAAAAGCUAAAUUUUUUAACAAAAAAAAAGGAAAAAUAUUCAAAUGUAUGUUGCCCAUAUUUAAUGUACUAAAUAACCAUUUUGUUAAUCAGAAUAGUGGACUUUUAAAUACCCUUUUGAUAAAAAACUUGACUCAUUUUAUUUGUCACGAUGAAAAUAUAGACUCCUACAUCUUCAGUUAUGUCACGAAAUUUUACCAGGCAUACUCCAGACAGAUCCUUCAGGAAAAAUAUUUGUGUAUUGCUUUUUCCAUCAUUCUAAAAAGUGUUAUUUUGUCUUAUAUUAAAAUUGAAGAUAAUAAUUCAUGUGUAACGAAGAAUGUAAUUACUACGACGGAAGAAAAGAAAAUGCCCAACCUCGGGGGGACAUUGCCCUCUAGUAAUUUAAGUGUCGGCUCUUUGUGUAGCAGCACCUUUUUGGAUACUCCAAGUAGCACACGCAGUCGGAACCGUUUUAUGUCUAAGGGGAGAGCUACAGAAAAAUUCAAUCCCAAGGAAGGCUUUUUCACUCUUGAAAACUUCCGGACGUUGGAUUUAUGCCAACCGCUCAGCUUUUUAGGACGACGGAUGAGGAGACGCUCCUGUGGAGGAAUUAAACUUAGAGAAUUUGACAAGCGCGCAAAAACAGGUAAAUCGGACAACCCCACAAAAAAGGGUAAAUUGGGUAAAUGUUCCAGCAGUGGCAUGCAAAGUUUUGCACAGGGAAAGAUAAAUAGCCCCCACAAACUAGCGUAUGCUAAACUGUUUAGUCAAGAAAAUGGAAAGGUCGUAGAAUUCUUCGAUACUUACCUGAACAUGCUGAAGGUAAUUCCACACGAUAACAAAGUGUUCUCGCUGGUUUUGAGAAACUUCAACGUGGUGAUACGAAAAAUGCACACGCGUGUAAACCUGUGCAGGAUUAAGGACUGUCUGGAUGUCGUGCUGGCCUAUAUACUCAAGGCGCAGAACGCGAACACGUACCGCUUCGAACAUGAGCGCGGGGGAUGUGUCAUAGGGAUGUUUAACCACCUGUUGAAAAUUCUGCAGAGAGGGGGUAUGCGAAGCGGCAGCAAAGGUGGCACCCAGACGCGGGUCAAAAGGGACCACAUGCUAUCCAUUUGUAAGAAACAUUCCACGGAGAAGCUGUCCGCCUCCCAGAGACAAACGUACUUCGACGUGGAGAGCCAGGUGCUGGAUAUAUUCGAAAUUUUCCUAAACUGUUAUGAAAAGAAAACGGACCGCCACCUGUUCACUACGAUUAACAUCAUGUUCCGUUUGGUGAAUAAAAAAAAGUUGAAACAUUUUAUGAACAAAAUAUCUAUACUGAUACAGAGGAACAUAUUUUUGGAAAGGGAUAUGAAUAAAAUUCAAGUUGCAAUAAAGUGCGUGUGUAAAUUGCUGAAGAAAAAGGUCCAAAUUCCAUUAAGCGACAAUUUUGAUUAUCAGCUGUUGGUGAUUUACAAUCACCACAGUGAAGGAAAGAUGGACAAGUGCUUCAUAGACUUGCUCAAAAUGAGGAUACUGACGUAUGGCUUUUAUAAUGUUAACCAGUGGACAAAAUUGUUUGAAAGGAUUUUAAAUUCUAAAAAUAUGUUCCUAUAUGAUCUCAUAAAAUAUCGAUCCAAGCGAAGGUACGCCAAGUAUGAAAGCCAUGAUUGUAAAAAAAAUUUGCCUGAACAGGAUGCCAGGAAGGAAAAUAACUUACUAACCAAUGAGAAACAGCCAAAUGAGGAACUGAAGAGCUGCUCGACCUUCCACACCUCAUUGUUUAGCAAACAUUUUGCCCACCAUAGACACAUAAAUUUGAAGGAAGAAAAUGAGCAAAAGGGGGGAAACAAGACCAUGUACUUAUUUAACGUUUUUAAAUUAAGGCAAAGUGAUUUCACCUUCUCAUUUGAAACAAAAUAUUUGGUAAUGAAAUUGUUGUUAUUAUUUUUAAAAACUAUUAGUCUUUCUCGCCUGGUGUGUGUGCACAACGACGCUUACUAUGUGAGCUAUGUCAAGAAGCGCCUGAAAAAAGGUACCCUAAGCGGGGGGGCGACAGUCAACGGCCAGAAAAAACCUACGGGCGGUAGGGUUCGUGAUGGUGGAAACUUGAAGGAGUCUGCACGAGAAAGAUACAGUAAGAAUGGGUCCCCAGGUAGUAGCAGAAGAGGUAACAGCACGUGCACGCAAAGAAGUCACGAAUGUGAUAGUAGCUGUAGUGACCUCGGGUCAGCUCAUGAAAAUAGCUCAUGGAAGAAAACGAACAAAACAACAUAUAUGCUCCAACGUGAUGAGUUAUCCUUGAGGGAAAGGAACAGCAAGAUGACGGACCAAAUCAGUUACAUCGAAGAUGUGCUCAUUCGUAAAAAGUGUGCCAAAGCGGAGACCGCAAAAGGGGAAGCUGCUACAUUUAACAACAUCGACAUACAAAAUAUUGUGGACAAUUUUUCCUUGUAUGAUAAUUUCGAAGCAAUGUUAAAUAUCAUAUUGCACAAUAUAAAUCAUGGAAUCAGGUUUGAGAAGUUGUCCAGACUAGCCAUAAAAGCUUUGAUUCGAUUAUUAAAAAUUUUUAAGAGCUCCAAAAUAAUUUUGGAUGAAUUUUCUAGUAACCAUGAAAUUAUGCUGCUGACAAAUUAUGAAAUUAAUAUUUUUACGUCUUUGAAGAUGUACUAUGAAUCAUUUCAUUUUUUGUAUUUUAGCUACUUAGAUGGCCAUCCUCCAGGGGGGGACAAUCUCGAAGAGGCGGGAGAUAAACCCAAUGAGUAUCUUCAAUUUUCGCACCUUUUUCUGCAUCCACUGAUGAGGGUGUACAACUUAUUUCUGUUCCUAAACGAAAUUGGGUUGUGCAAUUCCCACUCAAAAUUUGUGGAAUACUUUUUCUAUUUUGCCAUGAAGGGGAAUCAUGCCGUUACGGAAGAACUCGCAGCGGGUACCGAAUAUGCACGGGACAAAUCCGACACGGUCACGGGGGAUGUUUCCAUCAGUGGACAUGACGCUGCUCAUGCGGAUGCUCUCACGACACACAUGGGGGGAAGGAAGAAAAUUCCUACAAUAAAUUCGUCGCUCUUUUUCUCAGAAUUCGACUCUUGUGUGUAUUACCUCUUUUCAUACAAAUCAUUGUGCCUCUACAUAAUAAAUAACGAGAAGGCCCAAAGGAACCAAGGCAUAUUUAAUAUAAAAACAGUGGUAAAGAAUAUUAGCUACAUUUUGUAUGACACGAUUGUUCUGUACUUUUGGUCAUUUGGGAAUAACGCAGGAGGAGACGAUUUCCAGGAUCAAGUGGUUCACAGAUUUUUUACUUGCAUGAACGAAAAGGCAAGAAGCUUGUCCAUUUUUUAUUUUAGUGCAUUUGCAGUAUUUUUGAAAUUUUUAAACAUCAUAAGGAGGAGCAAUGCCCUUGUCAUAAAUGCGAAGAAUUGUACCCUCUUCAAAACAUUAAUAUAUUUUUUGUGUUACCAUUUGAAAGAGCACAAGGACAAAUUAAAAGAGGAAACGAAGGAGAUAUACUUUGUGUUCAUUUUUGGGUACUUGAGUUUGACUGGAUUUGUGUCAGAUUUGUCUCACCACGUGAUCAACCCUAUAUCUGAACAGGGAGAUGUCACAUCUAAUGAGACGCAAAUCUCCAAUUCAGUAACCACUGAAGCGAAGGGGGAAAAAUCUCAUAGCAUUGAGAACUCAAGCAAAGGUAAAGGCAGUGGAGACAUGUCUACACCGUUGUCUGUGCCCAGUGAACCUGCACAGGGUUUUUACGACGAGCAACGGACCCCUUUUUUAGAAACCGUUGUGGAUUACAUUCUGAAGCAUUUGUUAAACUUGGUGAACGAAAAGGUUUUACCAAGCGUACUCGAAUUUGUCUCUACGGUCCAUGAGAAUUUCGCAAAUGUGAAGAGUUCAUGGGGGACCCACCAGAGAGUGUUGAGAAAAGUGUUCACGUUGCACUUAUUCGUAUUGGGUAUGUUUUUGACAAACCGGCGUUUCGGCGAUAGAAGGGGUGGUGCUGGCUUCAAACGUGGGUACGAUUCAGAAAUGCUAACUCGGCUGUGGAACUCCGUGCUUAGCUGCUACACCCUCCUGGAGAGGCUAGAAGGGGCGCAGCUGGAAGAGGGAAAAACCACAGAUGUAGCAGAAGCGGUAGAAGCGGCAGAAGGGGGCGAAGCCAAACUGGCAUACGAAAUAAAAACCCUGCUGCAGGAGCUGUUCUUACAGAAAAUGAACCUCCUGAAGGAAGAAAAGCUGAGCACCAGGCUGCUGAAAUUGUUCUUUCACAACUGCAGCGAAAAUGAUCUGCGGAAUUACCUAAGCCAUAUGAAAAGGUACAAUCGGGAAAUGACCAAAAUGCUCAAGGAUCAGGAUUUGCCGCGCUUCAAAUUAUUUUACAUAAAGGUUAUCCUUUUUAUACAUUAUAUCAACACAACAGACAUGAUAAAUGGAAGGAAAAAGGUGCAUUACACAGAAGAAAUAUUGCACGUGUUUGUGACCGCCUCACGUACGAUGAAAAUGGUAUACCAGGACAUGGGCAUGGAAUUAAGGCGAGGAAAUAUAAUCUCCAAAAAAAAAGAAGAAAAAAACGGGCACACAAAGAACCAAAUUAUACACUCCUUUUUAAAUAUCAUAAAGAAUAUAUUUACCCUUUUACUAAAGAGGGAAGAUUCAGUCGUUUUGUACUUUACACACAAUUUGAUAAAGAACGACAUGCUGCCCAUUUUGUUAGUUAGGCAUCCUACAGAUAAUGUGCACUACGAAGAAUUGAUACCAGCUAAUUCGUACGAGGAAGAUAUUAUUACGUACCCUGUCAAAAUUUUAAACUCCUUUUUUGAAACUUUCAUCAGUAGAGACGCACUCGUGAAGAAGAUUCUCAUUCCGUACAUCACCUUUGUUCACCAACUUUGUCGUUUAUGUGAUGCCAACAGGAUUGACAUUAAAAAAUGUUUCCUCACGCUCCAGGCAGAUGGAGACAAAGCGAUUAACCCGUUAAGUCUGGCAGACGGAAGUUCAUUCCCACUGAACCAUUUUCCGCACGCAGCAAUGGUAGACAGAGGAAGUGGUACAAUGACGAUAUAUUUCAAAGAAGUAAUAAACGUGUUUAGAAAUGUCGCCUUUAAGAAUGCCUCGUUUUUUAAGAAUAUUCUGGCGGACAUUAGUGGGGAGGAGAAGGUCAUGGUGUAUAAUCUGAUCAAAGAGGCAAUUGCUGUGGAGAAGCAGACGGAGCAACGGAGCAAGCAGGAGGAGGAAAAGCUGGACUUCAGCUUUGUAAAUUAG